AAGACCUUUAUUAAUAAUACGUAUGUACCAUGCUAGUGGGAGGACAGACCAUUAUGCAGCUAUCAAUGGAUGCCGGACGGGGAAUCAUUCUGGCACAGAGUGGGAGAGAGUUCUAGAAAGUCACGCCCCUAUGUAACUCACAGGCUUAUCACUCAAACACAAGCCCAGUUACCCUAAUGCUAAAAAUAAGCCCAAGUAAGAACAAGACUCAGGACCUACUAUAUGUCUGGGAUCCCGAAUGCUUUACCAUCGACAAUGAUAUAGGCUAGCUUAGCUGAAGGAAACAAGAUGUCUAAAGGUCCAGCAGUUGGUAUUGACCUGGGCACCACCUACUCCUGUGUGGGUGUCUUCCAGCACGGGAAGGUAGAGAUCAUUGCCAAUGACCAAGGAAAUCGGACCACGCCCAGCUACGUUGCAUUUACGGAUACUGAAAGACUUAUUGGUGAUGCUGCCAAGAAUCAGGUGGCAAUGAAUCCAACCAACACAGUAUUUGAUGCUAAGCGAUUGAUUGGCCGUCGCUUUGAUGACCCAGUUGUUCAAUCAGACAUGAAGCACUGGCCCUUUACUGUUAUUAACGAUGGAGGGCGUCCCAAGGUUCAAGUUGAGUACAAAGGAGAGGCGAAGACAUUCUAUGCAGAAGAAGUAUCGUCUAUGGUUCUCACCAAAAUGAAGGAGAUUUCAGAAGCCUAUCUGGGGAAGACCAUCACCAACGCUGUGAUUACAGUUCCCGCAUACUUCAAUGAUUCCCAAAGACAGGCCACUAAAGACGCAGGGACGAUCUCUGGCCUCAAUGUUCUGCGCAUCAUCAACGAGCCAACUGCGGCCGCCAUAGCAUAUGGCCUGGACAAGAAGGUUGGUGGUGAAAGAAAUGUCCUGAUUUUUGACCUUGGAGGAGGCACCUUUGAUGUCUCCAUUCUUACAAUUGAGGAUGGUAUAUUUGAGGUAAAAUCCACAGCUGGGGACACACACCUGGGUGGUGAGGACUUUGAUAACCGCAUGGUCAACCAUUUUGUAGGGGAGUUCAAACGCAAACACAAAAAGGACAUUACUGAGAACAAGCGUGCCAUCCGACGUCUGCGCACAGCCUGCGAACGUGCCAAACGCACCUUGUCCUCCAGUACCCAGGCUAGUAUUGAAAUAGACUCCCUCUAUGAGGGCAUUGACUUCUACACCUCUCUAACCCGGGCCCGCUUUGAAGAACUCAAUGCCGACCUCUUCCGUGGGACACUGGAGCCUGUGGAAAAAGCCCUCAGAGAUGCCAAGAUGGACAAGGCACAGAUCCAUGACAUUGUUCUUGUUGGAGGUUCCACGCGCAUUCCCAAGAUCCAAAAGCUACUUCAGGACUUCUUCAAUGGGAGAGAGCUGAACAAGAGCAUUAACCCAGAUGAGGCUGUUGCCUAUGGUGCAGCUGUCCAAGCUGCAAUCCUUUCUGGGGAUAAGUCAGAAAAUGUUCAAGACCUGCUUCUUCUGGAUGUCACGCCUCUGUCUCUGGGCAUUGAGACUGCCGGUGGAGUCAUGACUGUUCUCAUCAAACGCAACACAACUAUCCCCACCAAGCAGACCCAGACAUUUACUACGUACUCCGACAACCAGCCAGGGGUCUUGAUUCAGGUGUUUGAAGGUGAAAGGGCAAUGACUAAAGACAACAACCUGCUUGGGAAAUUUGAGCUAACCGGUAUUCCUCCAGCUCCCCGGGGGGUUCCCCAGAUUGAAGUGACCUUUGACAUUGAUGCCAAUGGAAUUAUGAACGUGUCAGCUGUGGAUAAGAGCACCGGGAAAGAGAAUAAGAUCACUAUCACCAAUGACAAAGGCCGGCUGAGCAAGGAAGAGAUAGAGCGCAUGGUACAAGAGGCUGACAGGUACAAGGCUGAAGAUGAAGUCCAGAGAGAGAAGAUUUCGGCCAAAAACUCUCUGGAGUCCUUGGCCUUUAACAUGAAGAGCACAGUUGAGGAUGAGAAGCUGAAGGACAAGAUAAGUCCAGAAGACAAACAGAAAAUCCUAGACAAAUGCAAUGAGGUCAUCUCUUGGUUGGACAGGAACCAGAUGGCAGAGAAAGAGGAAUACGAGCAUCAGCAGAAAGAACUGCAGAACCUGUGCAACCCUAUCAUCACCAAACUAUACCAGGGUGCUGGUGGGGCUGGAAUGCCUGGUGGGAUGCCUGGAGGAUUCCCUGGGGCUGGGGCAGGUGCUGGAGGUGGUGGUUCCUCUGGUCCUACCAUUGAAGAAGUUGAUUAAAGUGCUCCAUCUUGUAUUAGAAUGUCCAAGCUGUGUCCCUCUAGCAACUGUUUUAUCUACAUCUUCCAGUAGCCUUUAGGUAUGAGUAGCUGUUGCUAGAGGGCCACAGGCUGGCCAUACUAUACUAACACCAGGUCACGAAUGAUUCACUUGAUCAAUUUGUCAGUUAUCCCAGUUAUAAUGCUCUUAGGUAUCAUUUAUCAUGGUGUUGCUGUCACUUCUUGUUAUCUCUAGUAGGGACAGGGUUUACUCAAUUCAACUCAAAGAAGGGGGUUAGUAUACUUAUGUGUGGGGCUCUGUCAAUCCCCAUACUCUGAGGAAAAGAAGCAUGUUCCUUGUAUAUACUGUGGCCCUUACUUAAUGUAUAAGGCACUGGGUGGAUGUGCAGGGCAAUCUUACAAAAAAAUGUCUAGUGGAGAACCCAGCCAACAAAGUGAAAUUUGCCCUAUACUUCAUACCAUGUGUUGACAUAGAAUGGAAACAACCGGGAAAAUAAAUAAACAUUGUAGGUGACACCGAUAGCAAUCUGCAGCCCCAUGAUAAAUGAAACUAACGCUCACUUAUAACAAUUCUAUAGCAUGUUGCCGUCACCCCUUUCACGGACUCCUGGUAUCUUCAUGUUAUUCUAAUUACAGCUUACUGUGUACAUGUGUCUUUGAUCAGAAUUCCAGUCAUCGGCUGGAAUAAACCAAUCAGUUCUGUAGGUAGUUUCUUCCAAUGUAGAAAUGCAACCCUGAGUAUUUACUAUAUCUUUGCUCAUGGUGCCAGUGGGAUCAUUUUGUAAAAUGUCUAAAUAUUCCAUCAUCUUUGGAAACAUCAUGUAACUCUUGUAACAUCAUGUAACGGCAAGGCGUGCUCCCUUUAAACUGUGUACAUUACGAGACCAUCUAGCAUGCCUAAACUUUAGACUCUGUACACAGGAUUCCAUUGCGGUAAGCAUGUUUGGUGUUCUGUUCUAUAGGUUCAAGGCAACAUGAGUAAACUUGGCUCCACGCCCACAGUCAUUUAUACUUGGGUUUCACUUCUACUGCACAGUCAACUCAAUGAACACUUUGCAAUAUGGUUGAAAGUGUGAAAAUCCACUGCACUCAAAGCUCAAGUACCCCCUUGGCAUUGGAUCCUUCUUCAGUUUGACUUUGAAUGACCUUUAUUGCCCUGGUUAGGUUUUUAUAAUGCUGUUUUGUAGAGCCAGUUGGCCCAGCUGAAUUGCAGGCUGCGGGAUGCAAGAGAUCUGGCACUUUGUUUGAAAUGCUACCAAAGUGUAGCUCAGAUUCAGGGAAACCUAGGCACGUGCCAAAAAAUAAAGUGGUUUUUGUCGUGGUUUUUAUCUGUGCAUUACAAAAAUGGCGCUUGGACUGUUGUAUCCGUAUGUGAUGUGUCUUUAGAUGUUAAAACUAAUUAGGAACACACUAGUUGCUUUGAAUCAGCGUACUUAACUCUUAUUCUUUUCCUUCUUCUCACCUUUAUUUGCAUUCCAUUUGUACACAGAUGGUAAUUGCACCAAACCAGUGCCUGUAUCUCCAUUGGUGCCAGAUAGGGUUGAUAAACCUGCCAAUUAAAGUUACAUACACAACACUAAACCAAGUCUUAACAUGCCGAGCAACUGAGUAUAUGGUGCAAAUGUAGAAUAACCAGCUUGCCACUGGCACGGUGAUUAUAUUUCCGGGUUUCUCUUUGAUGUAUAUGGCAUGCUUAUUGGCAAUGUGUGCCAUAGAUUGGUCAACCAAGCCUGCAUUGAGAGGGUUAAACCAUUCAUCAUUAGGAUUCUGGCAUGGGGGUUCCAAAGUGGGACUGCCCAUGAAGUCUAAUUAGACUUUCAAUAAGCACACUUAUUAUGGAACUCUUCAGUACUCUUACUUAAUCUCCUGUAGAGAUCUCAAGAACUUUCCUGGGUUCCUCCAAUUGUUCCCAAUGUAUUGCACCACCAACACAGCAGAAUGUGGAUCUCCUUUGGCACUAGGUGAAUCCAUUUGCUGCCAUUGACACAGUGAUCACUUAAUGACUUUUAAUCUGCUUGAUAACAGCAGCUAUUUGAAGAAAUAUGGGUGCCCCUAGGGCUCUGGCACAUGGGGAGAUUAGUCGCCCAUGACAAAUCUCCCUGUUCGCGGGCGACUAAUCUCCCCGAGUUGCCAUCCCACCAGUGAAAAUGUAAGUUGCCGGUGGGAUGGCACACGCGGCGGCAUGAUUUCAGCAAAUCAUCGAGAAUGCCUCACGAGGCAACUUCGCCGAUUUGCCGAAAUCGCCUGCGCAGGGUGUGCCAUCCCACCGGCAACUUACAUUUUCGCUGGUGGGAUAGCAAUUCAGGGAGAUUAGUCGCCCACGAACAGGGAGAUUUGUCGCAGGCGACUAAUCUGCCCUUGUGCCAGAGCCCUUAUACAAUCUGGACAGUUGGACCUUAUGAUACUAGCGUAGUAAAUAUUGCUUUUAUAUGGUCUUGGGUUUGCUCAGUUGUAGCCACCAUGUUCCUACUGACUGUUCUCUUUAUGCAUUUUAUCUACAUCAAAAGCACCUGAAAGUUGGUGUCACACCAUUGUGUUCUUAUUUGUUUCCAGACAAUACAUUGCCCAAUAUAGAUCUCUGAUCAAUCCCUGUUCUGAUAGGAUAUAAUCUCCAAUGCAAGUAAAACAAAAUUAUCCAUUUACUUUUCAAGAUGGCAAAAAAUCUUGUAAUUUAUAUACGAGUCUAUACUCAGUGCGCCAAUAUAAACACCUUUACAGAAGCAAUAAAAUACACGCUAUAUAAGGAA